AUGUCUUCACGAAACCCCACCGGCUUCGAUUUGAAGGAGUUCAAGGCGGCGGCGCAUCCGCGAUCUGUCUGGGCAAAGAAAGAUCCAUGGGCUCGACAUGAGGCAUGGCGAUACACAGGUCCCUUCUCCCGCUGGAACCGAUUCAAGGGCUUGUUCCCCGGUCUUGGAACGGCCACUGUCCUUUUUGCCGGUUAUCUUGCAUACGAACAAGUAUUUUUGUCGAAUGAUCACGGACACGGCCAUGAAGAGUCUCACCAUUAA